UUUCUUCAACACGCUAUUUUUCCUUUCUCAAAAUUGACCUUAAACAAUCUACCUACCUACACAUAAAACCAUUUCAUGCUCCAAAACCAAACCCAUUAUCACUACUUCAAAACCAAAACUGAAACACAAAAACAGAGAAUAUGAGAAAGAGAGGAGAAAACAAGAACAGAUUCUUUAGAAUCAUUACCAUGCCUCUAAAAGUUUUAGGCAAGGCUCGUGACCUCUACAUGCGAAGCAUCACAGGCUGCGCAGCUCGCACUCACUACUCCUCAGCUGAUGCCGUCUCCGUUCCCUUUCCGAGAAGCCGGAGCACCUCCUCAGCCUUCUCCUCCACCACCUCUUCGCGGAGGAUGUCUUCCGAUUUCACCUUCGACGAUGACUACAGCGAGCUGGUCAGAGCUGCUUCCGUUAGGAGUUUAGGUCAUAAGAACGAGAUUGACAUGAUCAGACAUCAGCAGCUUCAGCAGCGACAAGAAAAUCGCGUUGCGGUGGGAGCGGUUGCUGGUGUAAAAGGAGGUUUGCCAAAGAGCUCGAGUGUAGGGAUGCCAAUGGCGAGGAUUGAUGAAGAAAAUGAAGAAGAGGGAUCACUGAAGAAUCAUAAGAAAGGAUCCGAUUUCUUAUACCCUCGUAGCAGAUCACACGCGGUUACUAUUAGAGGAUCCAAGUUUUAAAUUACUAAUUAUAUAAGUCUCAUUUUUAUUUUUAAAGAAGUAUGAUUUCUCGAAAAUUUACGUUGGGGGGAUUAAGGAGAAGACAGAAAAUGAUUGCGAGGUAUAGUAGUUACUAGUGUUAUAGAUUUGUACUAAA